AUGUUAGAAGUCUAUGCAUUUGGAUCAAAUGGAAAUUUCCAAUUAGGUUUGGGCCAUGCCGAUGAUAUCAUCGUCCCACAGUUAUCAUUGUCUCUCGAUGUUUGUAAAGGUGUCACCGUAAAAAAAAUAGCAUGCGGUGGUAAUCAUACGUUGUUACUAUUGAGUAACGGUGAUGUUUAUGAAUGUGGUAGUAAUGCCAUGGGUCAGCUAUCUAAUGAUCCUCAGGUGGAAACCGUACCAAAAUGGAUAAAACUAGAUAUGAAGAAUAUUAAAGAUAUUUCGUGUGGUUGGGAGUUUACAGUUUUAAUGGAUGUUUCUAAUAAUGUCUGGAUACGUGGAUACGGUCCUAAGGGAGAAUUGGGUCUCGGAGAUAACAUCACUAAAAUAUCGACAUUUCAAAAUGUCAUGAGUCUUCCGCAGGAUUACAAAUGCGAGCUCUUCACAUCAUUUCAGAAUUGUACUUUGUUGGUUCAAAGGCCAGAUGGCGGAUCCAUGGUCUAUGGAUGGGGUAGUAAUACGAAAUGUCAAUUACUAACUCCGAAGAGUAAAUCUAUCUUUGUACCAACUAUCAUACAUGAAAAUGAUUCUCAACAAAUUGCUCAAGUGGCUAUGGGGAAAAAUUUUCUUCUAUUGAUUGAUGAUAGAGGAGCUAUUGUAUCUGCAAGAGGAGCUAUCCCUGAAAGUUUCCAUUUAGAUGAAUGGAAGGAUAAAAAAGGAUUGGAAGUUUAUACAAUGUGGUCAUCCAUCCAUAUUCAUUACCAAAGUAAGAUUUAUUCAUUUGGAUUUGGUGUUCAUGGCCAGAUGUUUGAUAAUGAUUAUUUCAAGAAGACUGUGAUGAAUACAACAACUUCAAAAUUGAUCGAGAUUAACACAGGUAGUGAACAUGGGAUGCUAGUGGUUCAAGAUGAUAAAAUUCCAGGUUUCACGGUUUAUUGCUGGGGUUGGGGUGAGCAUGGUAAUUGUGGUAGAGUGAAAGAAGAACAAAGUGAUGAUAAAUCUAUUAUUAAUGACUAUUCAAAUUUAUCAAGUAAAGCUAAUGAGAUAAUACAUUUAAAUUCCGUUACACCUCCUGCCGUUUUUGGUGGAUGUGCUAGUACAUGGGUAGUUAAAUAUGAUUAG